AUGCCUUCUCGCGCGUCCGACAUGGCCACGCAGGGCUUUACACUCAACUCGGCCAAGGCAGCCAACGGCGAGACGGUGCACAUCAACGAUUACGUCUACGUCUCGUCGCCAUGGUCUGAACGUGAUGGUACUCCGUACAUUAUCGCACGCAUCCUGGACUUUCUCCCUCCGAGCAGCGCGAUCAAGAAGGGCUCGUCCAAGAUUCCACCAAACGAGCUCCAUGUCCGCCUGUCUCUGUACUACCGUCCAAGCGACAUCUCAGGACGAAGCGUCUCAGACUUCCGUCUGCUGCUCGCCGCCAUCCACACCAUCAUUGAACCAAUCUCUGUCGUCCGUGGUCGUUGCUAUGUGCGACACAAGGACAAGAUUGAAGACCUCAUCAAGUGGAAGCACACACCAGACCACUUUUACUUUGUCAAGUUCUUCGAUCCGUACAUCAAGCGCGACUAUGAAGUGCUGCGUACUGCUGCCGUCAACAACAUCCCACCAGACGUCAAGGAAGUUCUCCUCCAGCGUUACGAGUAUCUCCUUAUGGAGAAGGAGAUGGUUGCCGAUCUCCUUGAUACAUAUCGUAGCUGUGUUAUCUGUGAGAAGUGGGCAGCCAGCCCCGACACUGUUCGCUGCGAGCUCUGCAAGAAGUUCUACCACAUGCAAUGCCUCAAUCCACCACUCGCAGCCAAGCCAGCCAAGGGCUACUCGUGGGGAUGCCUCGCAUGCACCAUCCAGCGCCGCAAGGAUGUCGAGUCGGAGAAAUACCGCUUCACAUCGAACGGUGGUUCAGCACCGCCCCGCGGCAAGGCGGCCAAGAAGGAGAAGGCGGCCGUCAAUGACAAGCCCGACGUCAUGUUCCGUGGAUGGCCCUGGCGUUACUUUGGAAUGUACACGCGUGCCGAAGACACGCUCAACCCCGAGGACCUCAUCUACCCGCGCGCAGUGACGCGUGUUGGCCCCAAAUUCCAGGCCAACGUCAUGUCGUGGGAGCAGCAGGUCGAGGCCGAGCGCCGGCGACAGGAGAGCUUGGAAACUCUGACGGCAGUGGAACGAGGCUUUGACCCCGGGGAGAAGAAGCACGAGUCAACCAUCACCCUCCUCACAGCAGUCGGCCGUUACAUGGACGCCGUCGCACAGCUGCAGAUGCCUGUUCCGCCUUACGAUGUCAGGCGUCUGAACAAGGCGGUCGAGUCAUACACUGCCAUGGGCCCCGACAAGGCUCUCAAGUACCUCCAGUCGCUCAAGCUGUCCGACUUCAACCCGAUCGAGUGGACGGACGAGGAGACGCGCAUCUUUGAGCAGGCACUGGAGAAGAACGGUGGUCUCGAUGCCCACUCAACGGGCAAGCUGCUCGGCAAGCGGGCCGCCGAGGUGCUCAAGUUCUCGUACACGUGGAAGAACAAGAAGCUCAAGACUGAAAACGACCUCAUCCGCCAACACCGCAAGGUGCACGCUGCUCACGCGCGCAACAACAACAGGACUCUUGGACCACCUUCCCUCGGCAAGAUUCGCUCGCGCGCCGAGUCUGAAAACUCGGACGACGAGGGCUCGCUCUACAACGCGUCGUUUGCGACGAUCAACCGCAUGCAGUGUGCUGCGUGCUCAACGCGAACGUCCAACGUGUGGUGGAAGUGCCCCCGCACGGUGGCAGGCAAUGCCAUGUGCGAGAGCUGCGGGUCCAACUACCGCAAGUACGGUGUCAUCUCGUUUGUCAAGGCCGAGGAUGCCAAGCGGCCAGAGAAGAAGGAGCCCAAGGGCCGUCGCGGCGUCAAGGGCGACACAGCGUCUGGCGCGUCAACACCGGUUCCCUCGAGCGCACCCAAGCUGCCGCCGUGCUCGUGCUGCCGCAAGAUGGAGCCCAAGUCGACCAUGGCGCGCUGCAAGACGUGCACCUUCUCGGCCCACUCUGGCUGCUACGGUAUCCCUCCCGAGGCCAUGGGUCCCAACUGGGAGUGCGAGCUGUGCGCCAACAUUGGCACCGAGGAGAGCCACCUCGAACCCCGCUGUGUCCUCUGCCCGCGCGACAACUCGGCCCUCGUGGCAAGGAUCAAGAGCAAGAAGCUGCCUGCCGACUUUGACAUGCUCUCGGCUCUCAAGCCUACGGAGGGGUGCCGCUGGGCCCACAUCCUGUGCUCUGCCUGGAUGCCAGAGGUGCAGUACGCCAACGGAGGGACGUUUAGGCCCGUCGAGGGUAUCAGCACUAUCGCGAGCUCACGAUGGGAGGCGACUUGCACGCUCUGUGGCCAGCAGGACGGUGCCAAGAUCCAGUGCAACGACUGUGCGACGUAUGUCCACCCGUCGUGCGCAUACAUUGCGGGCUACCGCUUCGGCUUUGAGUUCCAGCUCGCCAAGCCUGGCCGCUGGCACCGCGACACAAUCACGAUUGCAAAGUUCAAGGAUGAGGCCGGUGUCAUGACCCCUGGAUGCUGGUGCAAGGGCCACGACCUCGAGGGCCGUGCCAUCUACGACAUGUUCGAGGUCGACCCGGACCAGGGCGAGAAUGCGCUCCAGAUCUACUCGACACUGUACAAGACCAUCCCUGCCACCGACGGCUUUGCCCUCCUCCGUAAAGCCCAGCGUCUCGACAGGUUUGAGGAGAUUGAAAGCACCUCUGCGCCCGUACACAGCUGCUCGUCCUGCGGUAUCGACGUUUCCCCCCGCUGGCACGGUGCGGGCGCAACGACCCAGUGCCAUCAGUGCUGGUUCCGUACCCAGCCUGCUGUGAUGGCAGCUUAG